AUGAGUGCGCGUGAGUUGCAGUCCUUGUAUGCAGAUCUUAGCCAAAGACUGAAUGUCCCUGUGAGUGGGCAGUUCGUUCCUGAGAGAUUGGGGCAGUCGCCACCUGAUUUGAAUGUGCCAGCGUUCGUGAGACAUCAAGGUAACACGUUACCUGGUGUUCCAGCUGAAAAUGCGAGGAGCAGUGAAGACAAAGACGUCUUUAGUCGCAGUGAGAAGUGGCUAGGGUCUCCACCUGCUACGCCAAAUCAUCAAGCGUGGAAAGGGCGUGAAUCUGAAGUGCUGGGCAUGAAUGCCUAUAUUCACGAGUUGGUUGCAUGGGCGAACCAAGCAAGUGUUGAGUUUGGGAAGGAGAUCGCUCAGGCUAUGAGUCUCAGGGCGAUGUUGAUGGCAAGAACGUUUCGAGCACAGGACUCGUCAGCUCCAGUUGCUGACACAGUGCGUGAGAUUGAGGUCACUCCCUCCUCUUUCCUUGAAGCCAUGGCGGGCCAGGGAGACCAGCUGGACAAAAUGUCCACCUUGCUGGCAGAAGUGGCUGCUCAGCUAGAACAAGUGAAGCUGCAAGGAGCACGGCGUGAAGAGCAGCAUCAAGACCUUACUGCACGCAUGAGUCAGAUGGAAGCACGCAUGGAUGCCCCACAGUCUUCGGCUGCUGUGCUAAUUCCGACUCAGCUGCAGCCACAGUCCUUCACAGUUCCGCUAGCCCAGGGGGUAGACCUCAACGCCCCGGCAACAGUCGGACAGUGCAUGGAGUUAGUGCAGAUGGCGAUGCAGCAGAAGGUCGCCCCAGCUCUCGGAGCAGUAUACUCGUCCUUGUCCACCUCACAGGUGAGGACGAACGAGCGAGUGGGUAACCUGGAGCAGCAGGUCCGGGCCCUUCGCAUCCGCACCGCAUGGGCGGAGAAGGACAUGCUCUUCUCACAGAUCGAGCAGGCAAAGCGCACCAUCGUAUGCCGAAACUUCCCCACUUGGCAGACGGAGGCAGACCGCCGCCUCACAGUGGAAAAGGCCCUUGCGAAAGCUGGGCUGUGGAAUAUCGAUGGAAUGUGGGACCUGGCCACAACUCGGCUGGACACGGGCACGCCCGGCAAGCCGGAGCUCUCUGCCACCUCCAUCCUCACAGUCCCUUCCCUCACGGUCCGGAAGCGGAUCCUGGAGGUAGCGGACAGGGUGUACCCUUGGUACUUCCACCAGGAAAAGCCAGGGACAGGGGAAGACCCCAAGGAGCCCGACGAGGCGAAGGACGGCUCCGAAGAAACGGCCGAGAAGAACACGGCGGAUUCCUCACAGGCAGCCGGCUCAAAAGAGCCAGCCCAGACCUUUGAGUACAAGGGCGGCGGCCCGGUAAAGCUCUCCCCUGGAGUCACACAGUUUGAACGCAGGCUUGCUUCGCCGCUCCAGGGACUCAUGAACGCUUACCGGGCGGCCUUCAGCAAGUUCACCAAAGAGCCAUUGGUUCCGAGGUGGAAGACGCUGGCCUUGGUUGACUCCAAAGAGGCUUGGCUGGGCCGCAUCGUGUACCGCCGCGGGGGUCCUUCACAGACGACCUCCACAGGCACCCUCACAGACUGGGAGUGCGAGAUCCACAUCCCAGAGGAGCAUGCCACAAAGCUCUUGGAGACCUGGCGAAGCAUCUGGUAUGACCAAUUGCGACAGCAGGUCAACCAGACUACGGUCGAGCAGGAAGCCUUCGAUAGCGCAGCUCGCCUCACAGCACACAACUAUGCUGAGGCCAAGCGACUUAGCAGGUUCCUGACCAAGGCCAUUCCGGAGUACAACGAGGGCGAGGAUGAAGGUCUAGACCACUGGAUCGCCCGGUUCCGGUAUGAGUUCCCGUGGCCGGUGAAGUUUGUCCAAGUCCCCGCCGACGCCGACGAGAGGACCCACUUCACAGGCCUUCGGUCCACCGAGGAGCUCAUGGAAGAGAUGGCAGCCCAGGAGCAGGAGGCAGCCUUCACAGUGGACCCCGAGAGUGGAGGCGUGGGGGCAAUGAUCGACGUGGCCUCCCAAAUGAAGCGCACUCACAGUGAUGCAGCCUCAGCGGUCAGUGGCAUCAGCUCGGCCAGCAUCCCGAGUACCGCGAUGAAUCCUCCACAGCAGACCAAGGCCAGGCCGAGCUACUACCCGUUCAGCUCACAGGCAGAACUGGAGAAAGCGGUUGAAGAGGCAAAGAUCGCCCACAUCAACCACGGUGGGGUCCCAACCGACUACCCACAGGAGGCUUGGGAGUCCUGGUGCAUCAAGCGUUGCUCUGAGAGUUGUUCUAGUGUGCCUUUCGGCGACGAAGUCACAAACAGCACGGCAGCGGCGAGCACGCCGCCGCAUCACCACCAGAUCUCGCAGCAGGAGCCUGCCCCACCCGAGGCCGAAGCGGAGGACGCCUCCCCCCAGCCUUCACAGUCGAAUACCGAACAGCAGAGGCUGGACCAGCAAUGGCAAUCGAUCAAGGACUCCAUUUUGCAGUCCAUGGAGAAGCACAUCCCCACACAGGUGAGACGUAUGCCUCAUAUCGAUCUUCAGCUUUGCGAUGGGAACAUCAGCAGCGUUUGUUCGCCUGAGGCAGGUGAGGGAAUGGAUGGUCACGUCUUUGGCAUGAGUGCUAGGCCUUCUGAUGCUGGGAGCGGUGUGAAGUGCAACCGUUGUGGCAAGAAGGGGCAUCAAGUGAAUCAGUGCACGGCAGACCUUUCCAAGGUUAAGUGCUUCAAGUGCGGAGAGAUGGGCCACAUAUCUUUGAACUGUGCCAAGGGCAAGCAGGGUGAUGGUUCUCAGUCGAGUGCGAGGCCUAAGGGUUCUGAUGGCAAAGGUGCUGCUGCGGCCAAGGGUCAAGAAACGGGGGUUUGGUGGUACACAGAUGCUGAUGAAUCUUUUUACACCGAAGAAGGUGAUGAGCAAGAAGCACAGCAGGUGGACUCCACUCUUGUGUUAUCUUGUGUCAUUGAGUUAACUGAUGAGCCCAAUACGCGUUUUGAAGCUGUCCUUGAAGACAGCGAGUCGGUGUCUGUUGUGCUCCAAGCGCAGUUGUGUCAAUCAUUGUUGCAGUCGUUGGGUCAAUCGCUUGGAACUGAGUUUUGGCUGCUUGAUUCAGGUGCGUCAUGCUGUGUUAUCAACCACGUGACUUUGAAGACGCUUCCGCGUGAUGAGUUGACUGCAUGUGGUUCGACGUUUAUGGCUGCGAAUGGAACUCCUGUUCCCUUUGAUGGUCGUUGCCAUGUUGUGCUAAAGGUUCGAACAAAGGAUUCAAGUGGAGCUACCAAGAAUGGUGUCUGCAAGAUUCCUGUGGUGGUGGGUGACACUCCUUACAAUAUCCUGUCAACGCGAACUCUUGGAAGGCAUGGCUGGCGUGUUGUCUUGGAUGAAGGCGUUUCUGUGUGUCAUGUGAAGUCGGGUGUUGAUAUGAUUGAUACCUGUAUUUGGUGUGACACGCCUUGGAUCCGCGUGAUUCCUCAUUCAGAAGGUGAUCUCUUGUUGCCGUCGGGUGACUCAGUUGAUCCUGCUCCAAUUUCCUCGAUUGGACAUGUUGCAGUUGUUUCGCAGAAGACCAAGGAAGAUCUUGAAAUUCACAGAGCAAAGGGCCACAUGCCCUUCCAUCCCGAUUGCGAACAUUGUCUGAAGUCCCGAGGUGUUACCCAACACAGGCGAAAGUCUGAGCGCGGAGUUGAAACAGAGAUUGUUGCAGAUUUUAUGUUUCUGGACUCUUCUGGAGAGAUGAUCAGCGUGGCUCAGCGCCAGACAAGUAGCUCUUUCAAGGUCCUCGUCCUUCGUGAGGCCUUUUCUUCUUCUAUUGGGGCUGUGAUGAUAACUGAGAACAUUGCAAAAGACAGAGGUCUUCUUUUGAAGUGGCUUGCUGAGUUUGGGUUGUCGUUCUCACAGGCAAGCAUUGUGCUUUUGACAGAUUCCGAAGAAGCGGUGAAGUCGUUUGUUGCAGGUGCGUCGGAUAAGUACAUCUUUAUGGUGCGCAAGGCUGCGCCACAGGCUCAUGAACAGCUUGGUGGUGCGGAAAGGACAGUCCGGGUCCUUAAAGAAGGGCUAGCUACCUUGCAAAGUGAUUUUCAGUCGCUUGGUUGCGUUUUGUCGUUUCGGAGAGACUUGCUGCAGCUUGCACUUUCUUACCUGUGCAUGAGUGUGAAUGCGAAUGGCAAAGCUUUUGGCGGUGAACGCUCUCCAAAGGAGGUUGCAGUUGGUCGAAGGUGCUGGCUGAGGUCCAUGCCUUUCAGCGACCAGGCGCUUCGAUCUUUGCGUUGGGCGGCGUCUCGGCACUCCGCCGAUGACCCUGUUCCGGUCUUGGAUUGGGACUCAUUCAGCUUGCGAGGCCUUGUUUUCAUGCAGAUCAUCCGCAAAGCUGUUGGGAGUGUUGUCUUGCCUACAGCCACGGGCUUUCGGAAAUCAGAUUGGGCAGUGUCGUUCUUGAGGGUCGUUUCGGUGAGGCGGCUGGGCGCUGGCGAAUUUGGUGUUGUUGUCAACUCCAGUCCUGUGAGCUUGCGGAACUUGGAUUCAGAUUUUGCAGGGUCUGCUACGCCUGUGGUGCUUUGCUUGGAAGCUUUGCCUCUGGAUUCGUUGUUGGGCAUGCGAAAGUGGGAAAGCACAAGCAGUCUUUCAUAUCGUUUCAUCGUGCCAGCAGAUGAUGUUGACAACUCUGCAUUUUCAGGUGCUGUGUGUCAGUCAUUGCUGCAUGAUUUGUUGGGUGCCGGUGCUUAUAUCCCGGCAAGCAACGACCCGCUGCAUACUGAGAAGUGUGAGCUUUUGGCCAAGCUUGAAGUUCGGGGCUGGGCUGAGCGUGACAAGGAUGGUGGUUGGGUAGUGACAUUCAAGGGUCACCGGUACAUUGAAGUUGAGAAUCUGCUGACAAGUUUGGGCAAGGUUUUCCAGGCUCGCGACGUGCCGCUUGAGGACAUGGAAAUGGUAGAGCUUUUGCUGAUUCUUCGCGACAGGGGCUGGCAGCAUAAAGGGUUGGAAUCAAAGCGGGCUUUGGAAAAAGGUGCAGCUUACAAGGGUGCCGAAGAUGAGAAGAUUUGGUACUACCUCGUGAACAACCCUUUGGUCUGCAAGGACUACCUCUUGUGCUUGCUCAAUGCUGAGCAACAUGGUCAGCCUGUGCCGCAUCUUCAACAUGCAGGGGCAUAUGCUGCAAUCUUGGGGAAGCCAGUUGCUAGCAAACCACGUCGGAAGAAGGGUGCUGGCCUCGUCUUCCUGAAUGACGAGGAUGUUUGGGUGGACGAGGCAGCUCUCCUACCUUUGCCUGCCCCACGCAAAAGAACCCGGCGGCGUGCAAUGGGUUCGGAUGCUGUCCCUGCCCUCGAGGAUGCCGCUGACUACGAUGAUGAUGCUGAGAUCGCAGACGAUGACAACAUGGGCGACCAGGCCGAAGAUGAUGCUGAGAUGGCCGGAGAAGGAGGUGAUCAUCAUGAUCCACAACAAGACGGAGCUGGAGAAGCAGGAGCAGAAGAUGCUUCAUCGUCCGGUUCUUCAAGCAGCUCUUCAAGUUCCUCAUCUACAUCCGGGUCAGGGUCUUCAUCAUCAUCCUCGGACAGUGAUAGUGAGUACGUGGAGGAUGAAGCGGGAACCAGGCGUGUUGUGGCCAUGCCAAAGGGUGUCAAGCGAAGGCGCGAUGUUGCGACAUCCUACGGCCUUUGCCGAAUCACGCCCACGAAGACCGGCUUCCAAAUGACGUGUAAACACCCGGGGCACGAGACAGCAAGUGGCACUGCAUGCACUAAGACGAGGAGCUCGAACAUUGACGGGCCCGACGUGGCUCUCAGACUUUUGAAGUUCUGGGCACAGAAAGGCCGCCGUGUGUCUUCCAAGAAGAUGCAUCAGGAGAAAUGUUGGAAAGAGGUCAUGAAGGCUUUGAAGGACGGCUCGCUGCCAUCCAUGGAAGAGCUGGAUCGAGCACCUGUCCGGUCCUACCCCGGACAUUGA